UUCUUACCAUCGUAUUAUGUUCGUAUACUUGUAUCGUGACUCAAAGUUUAUCUCUCAAACACUGGCUGCUUAUAGCCUUCGUUUGUGGUAUAGUGUAGUAUAAUGACGCCAUGAAAUCAGAGGUAACGCUGCAUUGCAAAAAUUAAAAGAAAUUCCCAAAAACAUGUUUCAAACUAGCAGAAAUGCAUUUGCCCUAAAAAGAGAUAAAAGACUAGUCUGAAGUCCAAACAGUGGAGAUUAUCGAAGAAGUUGAAUAUGUAUAGAUUUUUUAAAAAAAUGAAAGCUUUGGAAAAUUCUGAUAUCACAAUCAAAGAAAUUCCAACUUGGACAGAAAUAAUAAACUUGGUUAUUUGGGUAUUCGUUCUUCUAUCGACUUUGGGCCUUCUUCAGGCGGGUUUAAUGGAUACAAAUUUCAAAGAAGAAUACCAAAAUAUUCCACUCUGCAAGAAAAUCAUUCCCUUCGAAAAUUUAAAGUACUCUGGAAUAAAUGAUAUGAUGCACCCGAAAAGUUUCAUCGAAAAUUUUGAGUAUCUUGUAACUCAGGAAAAUCUAGAUGAACACGAAAAACAAUAUUUUUUCAUUCAAUCACUUACAAAUGAUGCUAAGAGCUGGUUAAAUCUGCAUGGUUAUGGAACUUAUGAGGAGAUGAAGAAAGCAUUUCUAAAAUUUUAUUGGAGUCCCGAUAUUCAGAAGACUUUUUGGAAAUUUUUGUUGUACGGGGAGUACCACUUCAGUGCUGGAUUAUCGGAAAAAGAUUACAUUUUUAAGUACUUCAAUGAAGCAAAAUUCCUGGACAAUCCUCCUACUGAGAAAAAAGCAAUUUUGUAUCUUUUGUCCCAUUUUAACCUUGACUUGAACUUAAGAACGUCGAUAAUUAAUGAAUUCAAUAGUGGACGAGUCAAAACUAUCGAAGAAGCUUUGGAUUAUUUAACAAGGGCAGAAGUUUUCAAAAAUAGGGAAAACAAUGAGGCUAAGAAGGCACUUGAGAAAAAUGUCAUUUUUUUUCUUCUUGGCGUGUGUUUUAGUUUAAUAGUUGCUGAUAAUAUACGAUGAUGUUGGUUUUUGAAGUUGCGGUUAAUGUUAAUGCUAAUAUGUGAAUUUUUUCCUUUGUGGAAGAAAUUGUUGUAAUGAAAGUAUUAUAAAUUAUAAAACAGAGACAAAUCAUAAAAAAAAAUUAAUUAUAAUAAAUUAAACAC